CAGUGGCGGCAUGGCUGCAAGGAAAAUAACUGUCCAACGCGGAUAUUACCAAACGGUGAAACAAAACAGUGCCUGUGUCGGUGGAUUGUAUUUGUCUGCCGCUUUCUAAACCUGUUUGGCGAUACCAAAUACAUAACACUCUCGCAAAACGUAUCGUUUCAUGUUAAAUUAUUGCGCAUUUGUUAAAACGUUUCAUUUGUGCGUUUUACCAAAAAAAGGCGAAUAGCUAUUCGAGUGAUCAGUUUCCAGAGUUUAUACCAUGCGUCCAUUUCAAAUAUUAGUCCAGUGCGUAGUUCUUCUGGAUUUUUUGCAUCACAGCGUUGGAAAGCGAAAAGGCGGCGAAGUGAUACACGACAAGUCCGGGAUGUUUUCACCGCUUCCUGCCUUCAACACGGAACUGAUGACCCGCGACCAGUGCGAACUACAGUUCACCGCCCACUGCGGAGUGCGCUCUAACGUCGGCAACUCCUUCGCGUGCGCUCAGAAUCAAGGACUGGCUGUUAACUGCAGCAGUGAAGCAUCCAACGAUGAAGUAAGGCAUCUGGCGAUAGCGUUAUCUAAACCACCACUCAAGGCGGUUUUCAUCAGUCUCAACGAUGGACCACAAAUCGCCUUUGAGAACUUAGCGCCGGUGCGCGAACAGACGGUGGUCUUCCAGCUCCACAACUGCCGUUUACCGCGUGCCACCAAGAAGCUGGCCCAACUGCGUCUGCCGCAUCUGCUGGAAUUUAGCGCCCAUCACUGCCGCGCCUUGGAUGUCAGACGAGCCGAUUUUUGGCAGUCCGGCAAACUCCGACUCAUCCAGUUCCACAAUUCCACGAUAGAAUUCUUGGAAGAAGGCACCUUCGCCGAUUUGCCUGGUUUGCGUCUCUUGUCGUUGGAACGCGGGUUAUCCGAAAUCAUGGAGUACCCGGAAGACAUUCGAAGCUACAUUGUAAGACUGCAUUGCGGAUGCGAGUUCAAAUCUUUCCGACGUUGGUUUAGCGCCAGCAGACUGAUGCGGUAUGCGAACGAAGGACAGAUUUACCGCAUCGAAUACGACGCGUGGCGCAAUGAAGAUUUGGGGUAUGACAAUGUCGUCCUGCCCAUCGACUGUACCGAAGCAGCAUUUCCCAACCAAACACUUUUUAUUCGGAGUAGUCUGGAUUCGUUUUCGGUUAACGAAGACCUUUAUAACGAAACGUUUCCCGAGCGCUGUGAUAAGGACACCAACGAUAUGUUUCCCACAUUUUGGAGCGAACCGAUGACUGAGAACGAAUGCCGCGUACGAGAGCUCAUCGAAUGCAGUUGUCUGCUGCGGAGUUACCGGCGCUGCGAGGAGCAGUGGCCACGAGGGUCCUUUUCUUCAAGAACUAACUGCACUCACGCUGAAGAGGUUAACGAAAUACGUCAGCUGGCCAAAGCUCUGGCGCAGCAACCGCCGCGUCCGACAGUGUGGACCAUCGCAGACAGUGUUCCCAUCACAACAGCCGACGUAGCACCGAUUCGGCGGACCAUCGUCCGGUUUGACCUUUUCAGAUGCACCAGCAGCCGGUCGACGACGAAGGCUAGUGACCUCCAACUGACGAGUCUGUUGGACUAUUGCAUUUCGGAUUGCAGCGAUCUGGACGUCCAGCGAGACGACUUUCAGCUGCUCCCAAAGUUGCGCCUGCUGAUUUUCUCUAACACCACAAUCCACAGUCUGCAUAUCGGCGCUUUCAGUUAUCUGUCAGAGUUGCGUUUGCUCAGUUUGGAACACGGUAUCAGCAGCAUUGGCGUCCCGCGGCGCGCUCUGCGAUUUGUCACGUCCCAUCUGGACUUCCGGACUAACCACACGUUUUCAUAA